AUGAGGCUCAAGAUGCUCGCCGACGACCUUCGCGACAUCGGCGCCAAGGUCUCUGACGACCUCAUGCUGAGCACCCUCACCGCCGGCCUUAACGAGGACUUCAGCAACACGGCGUCCAAUCUCACCUUGUUGCCGCAGCCCAGUUUUCAGCACGUCAUCACGUACCUCAAACUUGAGGAGCGCCGGAUGACGAAGCUGAAGCAGCGGGUCCAGCACAUCGUUCUCGCCGCCGGCACCACCCGCGGCGGUCCUGCUCCACCGGCCGCGCCUCGUCCGCCCGCUCCACCUGCGCCCGCCGGCUACUUCCCGCUGCCGCCCGCACCACCCACGCCCCCCGGGCCUCCCUAG